GCAGGAGAGUGGUGCUGCAGUAGCAUUCCACAGCAGACAGCUGAGGACUGCCUGUGUGUGUUUGUGCGUGUGUGUGAGUGACUGCACUGCUGAAGAGAAGGAGGAGGAGGUAGAGGGUGAGCACGCUUGCAGAUUCUGCAGGGCUGUAGAGGAAAGCACAGUAGUGGCAGCGCUAGUGUUGGACCGCAUCAUUUAGAACUCCCAGCACCGUUGCCCUACAGACCGCCGCCGGAAGAUCUGGCCAUCGACACACCAACGCCAUGGCACAGGCGGCCAAGCAUCUUCGCAAGAACAAGGAUUUAGAAGCCCAGUUAGAACAGGAACGCAAAGAGAAGGAAGAGGAACAGGUCAAGAAGAGGAGUCGCUCGCGGGAUAAAAAGCGCAAGGCCCACGCGGUGCAUCGCUGGCUAAUCGAUCAGGACAGUAGUGUGAGCUCUGAGAUGCCGGAUGGCCAAGGAGUAUGGCACUAUGAUGAUGAAGCAGAUGCUGGGAACAGUUUCCUCCGAGCUGCCCGUUCUGGCAACCUGGACAAGGCCCUGGAACAUAUCAAAAAUGGCAUUGACAUUAAUACUGCCAAUCAGAAUGGACUCAACGGGUUGCAUCUAGCCUCUAAAGAAGGCCACGUCAAAAUGGUGCUGGAGCUGCUGCACAAUGGAAUCGUACUAGAGACCACCACAAAGAAAGGGAACACAGCCCUGCACAUCGCGGCCCUGGCAGGGCAGGAGCAGGUGGUCACAGAGCUGGUUAACUACGGGGCCAAUGUCAACGCUCAGUCUCAGAAGGGUUUCACUCCACUCUACAUGGCUGCACAAGAGAACCAUCUAGAGGUUGUGAAGUUUCUUCUGGAGAACGGAGCCAAUCAGAGCAUUCCAACUGAGGAUGGAUUUACUCCUCUGGCUGUGGCUCUUCAGCAGGGACAUGAGAAUGUCGUGGCUUUGCUCAUCAACUACGGCACCAAAGGAAAGGUCCGCCUCCCUGCGCUGCAUAUUGCAGCACGUAACGACGAUACACGCACAGCUGCCGUGCUUCUGCAGAAUGACCCUAAUCCUGAUGUACUCAGCAAGACCGGAUUCACACCCCUCCACAUUGCUGCACACUAUGAAAACUUGAACGUAGCUCAACUGCUGCUCAACAGAGGAGCCAAUGUCAACUUUACCCCAAAGAACGGCAUCACUCCUCUUCACAUUGCAUCCAGACGAGGGAAUGUGAUCAUGGUCAGACUCUUACUGGACAGAGGUGCACAGAUUGAUGCCAAGACCAAGGAUGAGCUGACUCCUCUGCACUGUGCAGCCAGAAAUGGUCACGUCAGAAUCAUAGAGAUCCUGCUGGACCAUGGAGCCCCAAUUCAGGCCAAGACCAAGAACGGAUUGUCUCCGAUACACAUGGCAGCACAGGGCGACCACAUGGACUGUGUCAAGCAGCUUCUGCAGUACAACGCAGAAAUCGAUGACAUCACACUGGACCACCUUACCCCACUACACGUAGCGGCACACUGCGGCCACCACCGCAUGACAAAAGUAUUGCUGGAAAAAGGGGCUAAACCCAACUCGCGUGCAUUGAAUGGCUUUACACCUCUGCAUAUUGCUUGUAAAAAGAACCACAUGCGUGUGAUGGAUCUUCUGCUUAAACACUCCGUGUCGUUAGAGGCAGUGACUGAAUCUGGUCUGACCCCGCUGCAUGUGGCAUCAUUUAUGGGUCAUCUCAACAUUGUGAAGAUCCUGUUGCAGAAAGGAGCUUCUCCCAGUGCCUCGAAUGUGAAAGUGGAGACUCCGCUGCAUAUGGCAUCUCGAGCAGGACACUACGAGGUGGCGGAGUUCCUCCUGCAGAAUGCAGCUCCAGUCGAUGCCAAAGCCAAGGAUGACCAGACGCCUUUGCACUGUGCCUCUCGGAUGGGCCACAAGGAGCUUGUGAAGCUGCUGCUGGACCACAAAGCCAACCCCAACUCCACCACUACAGCAGGACACACACCUCUUCACAUUGCAGCCCGAGAAGGACAUGUGCAAACUAUACGCAUCCUAUUGGACAUGGAGGCUCAGCAAACCAAGAUGACCAAGAAAGGCUUCACUCCGCUUCAUGUGGCAUCCAAAUAUGGCAAGAUGGAUGUAGCAGAACUCUUGUUGGAGAGAGGAGCCAAUCCUAAUGCUGCUGGCAAGAAUGGCCUCACUCCACUACAUGUUGCUGUCCAUCACAACAACUUGGAUGUUGUUAAUCUUCUUGUCAGUAAGGGAGGAUCACCACAUAGUGCUGCUCGGAAUGGCUACACCGCUCUCCACAUAGCAUCUAAGCAGAAUCAGGUGGAGGUGGCCAACAGCCUGCUGCAGUACGGAGCUUCAGCCAACGCUGAGUCACUGCAGGGAGUCACACCUCUCCACCUAGCCUCGCAGGAAGGAAGGCCCGACAUGGUCUCGCUGCUCAUCUCCAAACAGGCCAACGUCAACCUCGGCAACAAGAGUGGACUGACACCUCUUCAUCUAGUAGCACAGGAAGGACAUGUUGGCAUUGCUGAUAUCUUAGUGAAGCAAGGAGCCUCCGUCUAUGCUGCCACAAGGAUGGGCUACACCCCUCUCCAUGUAGCAUGUCACUAUGGCAACAUCAAGAUGGUAAAGUUCCUCCUGCAGCAACAGGCCAAUGUUAACAGCAAAUCUCGGCUUGGUUACACUCCACUGCACCAGGCGGCCCAGCAGGGACACACAGACAUUGUGACACUGCUACUGAAGCAUGGAGCCCAGCCCAACGACACCACAACGAAUGGGACCUCGGCCCUGGCUAUUGCUAAACGGUUAGGCUACAUCUCUGUGAUCGACGUCCUCAAGCUAGUCACAGAAGAGACAGUUUCCAUGACCAGCACAGAGAAACACCGCAUGAGUUUCCCAGAAACAGUGGAUGAGAUUCUUGAUGUGUCUGAGGAUGAAGGAAUUGCACAGCUAACAAUAGGAGAGGAGCUCUUGGGGACAGAAGGGGCCAGGUACAUGAAGAUGGAUGACAUGAAAGACCAUGAUGACGAUUUCCUCUCCCCCAAGAAAUCACUGGAGUACGAGAGAGGGCUGGGCACAGCAAACUACUCACCAGCCAUUCCCAGAAUCCCUCGCGUUUCUCCAGAGACAGUCAUCCUGAGAGAACACCAGCUCGAUCAGCACACUCCACUUCCACUGCCAAAAGAGUAUGAUGAUGACUCACUAAUUCCUAGCAGCCCGGCAACUGAGACGUCGGACAAUGUCAGCCCGGUCGCCAGCCCCAUACAUACAGGGUUCCUGGUCAGUUUUAUGGUGGAUGCUCGGGGCGGCUCAAUGCGAGGCAGCCGACACAAUGGUCUGCGUGUCAUCAUACCCCCACGGACCUGUGCGGCACCCACACGCAUCACGUGCCGUCUGGUGAAGCCGCAAAAGCUGACCAGCCCUCCUCCACUGGUGGAGGGAGAGGGGUUGGCUAGUCGAAUCAUCUCUCUUGGUCCAGCCGGCAUGCAGUUUUUGGGACCGGUGAUUGUGGAGAUCCCUCACUUCGCUGCUCUGGGUCGGGGAGAUCGGGAGUUGGUGGUGCUACGGAGCGAGAACGGCUCCGUCUGGAAGGAGCAUCGUAAUCGAUAUGGUGACGAAGUGUUAGAAACGAUCCUCAACGGGAUGGAUGAGGACCUAGAAAGUCAAGAGGAGCUUGGGAAGAAGCGAAUUCGACGAAUCAUCUCCACUGACUUCCCCCUUUACUUUGCUGUCGUCUCACGAGUCCAGCAAGAGAGUGACCUCAUUGGUCCAGAAGGGGGUUCGCUCACAAGCAAGUUGGUGCCAAUGGUCCAGGCCACAUUUCCUGAGACAGCAGUCACCAAACGAGUCCGUCUGGGGCUGCAGGCUCAGCCUGUCCCGGAUGAGCUAGUUGCCAAACUGCUGGGUAACCAGGCUAAUUUUAGCCCUGUGGUGACUGUGGAGCCUCGGCGACGCAAGUUUCACCGACCCAUUGGUCUGCGUAUACCCCUGCCUCCGUCAUGGAGGGAGAGCCCCCGAGACUCCGGGGAGGGUGAUACCACUAGCCUCCGCCUCCUUUGCUCUGUCAUAGGUGGCACAGCCCCGGCCCAAUGGGAAGACAUCACUGGCACCACCAAACUUAUUUAUGCCAAUGACUGUGCCAGUUUCACAACAAAUGUGUCAGCACGUUUCUGGCUGGCAGAUUGUCCUCGGACAGCUGAAGCCGUCUCCUUUGCCAACCUGCUCUACAGAGAGCUGUCAGCUGUACCCUACAUGGCAAAGUUUGUGGUGUUCGCCAAAAUGAACGAGCUCCGCGAGGGUCGCCUACGGUGUUACUGCAUGACUGAUGACAAGAUGGAUAAAACCCUAGAACAACAUGAGAACUUCACAGAGGUGGCACGUAGCAGAGAUAUAGAGGUGAUGGAAGGAAUGCCGCUUCACUUGGAAUGUUCAGGAAAUCUUUUGCCUGUGAGGAAGGCCACCCAGCAGCCUCGCUGCUUCAGCUUCCAGGCCUUCAGAGACAACAGACUUCCUGUUUCUGUUAAGGUGAGAGACUGCAGUAAAGACCCAACUGGGCUUCUGUCAUUCCUGCGUAAGUCCACAAAGUAUGAGGACAGCCAACAUGUGCUGUGUAACCUCAACAUUACCAUGCCUCCGUGUAUCAAGAUUAUUGGGAGUGAAGACCGAAGACGAACAUUGACUCCGUUGGCCUUAAGAGAACGAUACAGUACUCUAAAUGAACCUGCUAUGGCAUCAUUGACUGCUAUGGAGAGGACGGAGCUGAAGAUGGCUGUGAUUGCAGAACAGUUAGGACUGAGCUGGGCUGAGUUGGCACGUGAACUCCAGCUCAGUGUGGAUGACAUCAAUAAGGUCCGUGUGGAGAAUCCAAACUCUUUGCUAGAACAGAGCUCUGCACUGCUCAACCUCUGGGCCACCCGCGAGGGCAAGAGGGCCAAGAUGGAGAGUUUGUACACAGCUCUGAAGAGUAUCGACCGUAUGGACAUUGUCAACAUGCUGGAGGGACAACCACCUCAGCCAGUGAGACAAAGCAGACGCAGACACAAUGACAAAGACCAUCUGUCCCCGAGUCUGACCAAUGGUUAUGGGCUAGCACAGGAGGAGCUCCUUUCACCGGCCUCCAUGCAGUACAGCCUGCCCUCCCCGCUGGGCGCUGAGCCCUACUGGCAGGAAGUCUCCAGUUUGGACUGUGCUCCGAUUGCCACCACAGAAGAGGACACGCUCAUGGAGAUGUCUGAUGUGCAGGUGUGGCCGUCAGGAAACAGCCCCUCCCUGGUGCCCGUGGAGGACUCGUCACUGGAGUGUAGCAAUGCUGAUGAUUCAGAAGCUCUGCUGGGGCUGCCGUACGGAAGUCUGGGCCGGCCGGCCAGUCAGGCCAGUGCAGCCAGUGGAGGGGGCGGGGUGCUAAGUGGCUCCAUUGAGUUGCCUGAAGAUGAUUCAGAGAUGGGUGUUGACUCACUCAGCACUGCCACACCAGCCUCGCUCGGGGGCACCAUCGCUGGGAUCAAUCUUAACGGGAUGAACAAUGGUCAAGGGUCAGAGGCAAGUUCAGAGGCAUCAGCUGUCACUAGUACGACUGGUGGAGAUGGUACUGGAGGAGGAGGAGGAGGAGGAGGAGGAAGUGGCUCAGAGGAAGGGCUUUCUCUUGUUGCAGGACAACAAAGAGUGUAUGCUCGACUAAGUGAGUCACCUGGCCUGAGCUGUGUUCCAGAUCGAAAUGGAGACAGGUCAGGAAAUGGUGGAAACAGCGAUCGUGGCUCUUUCCUCUCCUAUCUGCAGGAACAGACUGGCCCUGGGUGGAUCCCUGUUACUGAUCCCACUCAGAUCUGGGUGGGCAACCAGCCCAAACCGAGGCAGGCAAUGGACGCUAUGAUGUCAACAGUACAGAAUGCAAUUGAUGGAGACCAGUCCUAUGUGCCCCAGGAGGCCUUGCUUCAACCUGUGAGGGACAUGGGACACUCUGAGAUCUUACGAGGGCACUUCAGAGGUACCCAACCUUUUGAGAAGGGGCUGGGAUUUCCUCACAGGGUCCCAGACUUGAGAAUGUGGGAUGAUGUUCGCCUAAAGGGUCAGGGUGAUGAGGUUGAAGACCUUCCUGGAGAGCAAGUCAGUGAGGAACAGUUCACAGAUGAACAUGGAAAUGUUGUAACAAAAAAGAUUGUGCGUAAGGUUGUGCGCAGAGGGAAGGGUUCGGGUGAGGAGGGGGUUCAGGAGAUGAGUGUGGAAGGUCUGCAGGACGCCAAUGAGCUGGAGGUUGAUGCUGAUCAGUUCAUGAGCUACGCCAUCCUGGGCCAGGACAGCAGUAAGCCCGAUACUGUGGAUGUGAAGAAAGGUGCUCAGAUAGUGAAAUGUGCCAGUCUGCGGAGAGUUAAGCAGUGAGGCAGACUGAGUGCUGCGUCCCAGCAGACUUCACCGCCGGAUUCAACCCCCUCACCAAGACCAUCAUACAUGAACACAUGACCAGCAGCAGCUGACAGGAGGAAGAACACAUAAAAUGUUGACAGGAAAAAAGAAGACACCAUCUCGAUGACAGCAGCUCACUGACUAUCAGCACGCACCAGAAGAGGACAUGGACUUACUAGUAGUUUUUAAUUACCUUUUUUAAAGAAACCUCCAACAAAGCAUCUACUACAAGGCUAGAAGCAUGAUUUCGUAUAAAACAGAAACCAAACACAUAAAAAAACAAGCAAUCAAAACGUGCUUCCUGUUUAUCUGUAUCAGCAUGAGUGACUGCUGCCGCAUGGCCUGCCUUUAACUACAAAUAAUGACGGAAUGUCGGGGAUACGGGUGGGGAGGGAUGGGGAAAAGACUGCUGUAUGGUACAGGCAUGCAAUGUUGAGUAUGGUCUAUCACAAGCCUGUUUUUGAGAUCGACAACAGACGUUAUCGUUCAAUCUCUAAAAGAAAAAACAUAAAAGAAGAAUUGCAUAUAUAAGCAACAGGUUGCUCCCCCUCUGCAGCUAAAAGCAUCUAGUUUUAAAUGUCUCCCAGUGCUCUCACAGCCUAGUACAGCUAUCAUCCAAGGAUACUGGUGUUGUACAUAAUUUUGUAUGCACUAAAAUGCUACACGUGACUGUGUGUGUUGUUUAUGUUGUAAUAUCCUGGUACCAUGCUCCUGAUGCUGUCGUUUCUGGUACAUAAUAGUUUGGGCUUUUCCUUUGCUGUCAGACUUCUGUUGUUUUGAGGGAUGGAUGUUUUUUGAGUUUUUAAAGCUUUGGCAAGAAGUUUUUCUGGUGAACUCACCACACUGGAGAUUUUAGAUGAUCAUGAGGGAUCCUGGCAAGCUGUCAUGGCAUUUAUUUAUUUAUUUAUUUAUUUUUAACUGCCGCUCCAGUCAGCCUCUUAUGUAGCAGUUCACUUCCAGCAGGGGGCCAGAUCUCACCCUCAACUUGUAGCAUUGUCUGUUUGACCUAUCAUGACCUCAUCAUGUCUGUGAAUUUACAGACCAUCUCACCAACCGCAAUAUGUCACCUGACAAGGGUCAGAGUAGCCGAAACACAGGUUAUAAUGUAGCACUAGUCUGACAGGGUACCGAGUUCAGAGGAUGUGUUGAGCUUUGAUGUUUGUCGCCUUGGUAACUGUUUGGAGGAAUGCAUAAGGCAGUCAAAAAUCACUGUGAUGAGAAACUGUAAUACUGACCCACAACUGUGAGCCUGACUUUCCUGAAGCGUGUUUCUUGUAUGUGUUUUUCAUGAUUUACUGUCUUACCUGCCCUUCACAAUAAGCAAUAAGCGCUCAGAAAAGGAAACUACAGGGUGUGACAGAUGGAGAAAGAGAUCAUAAUUCAUGUUCUUCCUAAGCUGGGGCUUCCAACUCCACUCGGAAAUGAUGUCAGUACAUUAGCAUCUCUCAUGUUGUCACUUUUCUUCUUUAGCUGUCCAGUAUUUAAACGGCCAUAAAGAGUAAAAUAUUUCCUUACAUGAUGUGUUUUACACAGAAAAACGUCAGUAUGACUUCAUACCAGCCAACCAAUCAGUGUCUGUAGACAUGUUCAGUCCUAGUUUUUAAACCUUCACAUGCAUCUGAAAAGAUAUUUCUAAGUUGCUUUUCAUAUCAUGUAUUGGGUCUCAGAUAUUGAGACGUGACGGUGUUGUGAAAAUAUCACAGGAUGUAAUCGUGCAAAUGAACAAAGAGCAGCAAUUCUCACGGUAUACAAAUUAUUCUAAUUUACAUAGUUUUUAAGUUGAUUUAUACUUCAAUAAGUGUGCCAUCUCACUUCAUAUGAAUUACCUACAUGCAUUGCAUUCAAAUGAACUGAAUGCUUUAUUAUAACAAAAUAUGGAAGUCACAAAACUUCAGUUAAAUGUUGCAAUAAGCACUCAUCCAUAAGUCUUUAGUCAGGCCUUCCAGCCUGAGAUGAUGAAUGUAUGAUCCUGGUAUACUGGUUGUAGUCCCAUUUCAUUGUACACAUGUAUACAAAACAUCCAUGUGAUACAAAAGAGAUUUAAAGAGAAACCUCAUAUCACCUUUGCUACAUGUGAACAAAUACCCCUAAUUUAUUUUUCUCAAUUCUUAAAAAAACCACACACAACAUAGAUGUCAAUACUGAUUAGAUGCCGGUGUAUUUUACUUAAUGUCACAAACGUUUGCUCUCUAAGGGCUCAUAAUUAUUGUAGGUUUAUAUUUAUUUUAUUUAUUCAUUUUUUCCUGAAGCAGGGCCUGCUUACUGUGUGAUGUCAGGGUUGGGUGGACUUGACAAUGGGUAAAGUUAGACAUGAUUGUGGGGUGGUGCAGUUGUUGAAAUGUCUUUCAAGAUGACAAGCAUUUUUCCUCAACACGACGCCCCUAUGUAAGACUGAGCCAAUUCUAAAGCUUCCACAUGGCAACAGUCCAGUUAUGUGCAAUCGGAAGGAGGAACGCACAUAUCCAUCAGCAGCAGUGAUGGAAAGUCGUGCACUAAGUGACUGCUGAGUUCAUGCAAAAAUAUUAUUGUUGCAAAAACUAGAGAACAUGUAUAUUCGUUUUAGAAUGGAUUGAAGACAUUACUAACGCAAUAGCAUAUUACUCAACACUAAGGAAUGCAACUGCACACAUGCACAGAAAAUGUUUUUACUCUAAAAGGCUAUACAUAUAUAUGGAAUAUAUAUAAAUAUAUUUACUUAGAAUGCUAUGCACCCUUACUUGUCAACUGGGAUUUUGAUUAUGUUAUGGAUGUCCUUUUAGCAUCAUACAGCUGUAGCUACCAACAGACUGUUGAGUUCUGGGUAAUGCCUGCACCCUGGGGGUCAGUGUGGGUCUUGGGGAUAUUUUAACUUGUUUUGAUUUUUUUUUUUUUUUUUAAGAAUGUUAUGGAGAGUUAAAUGUGGAUUUAAAAUAUGUUUAAUCGAAUCAAAUCCAAGGAUAUCUAUUGAGAAUUUACUCUGUACACCAGCUCAACAUUUACAAACUUAAUAAAGAAAUGAAACGUCUGUGUUUAGUGUGCAUGCUUUGUGAGAGAUCCUGACUGUGUGUGCACCCCUCCACGUGUCCUGAAGGAGUUCUAAAGAGGGCCCACGUGUGACACUGCUGCUGCUUUUCAUCUGUAAUUGUUCAUAUAAGGCAUUUAAAACACAUAAAUUGAGUUAAAGUCAAACAAAAAAGUGAUCGCCAGCCCCAGUUUUGUAAAAGGAACUGCAGAAUGUGAAAUUUUCCACUUUCAUUAAAUAAAGUCGUCAAACUGAUGUCUCAUUUCUGCAGCCACUCUAUGAUUAUGUCUAAACUUGUGGCUGUUAUGUCAGCAGUGCCACAGCAACUUGUAAUGAUUAUUUUCAUUCAUAGGUUGUGUUGGGUGAACUUGCAAAUUGACAUUUAUGUUUGUUGGCAUGGAUGUGACCAUUAAAUACACUUUAACAAAUGG